UAAGAAACCAGCUACUCGCGGGCCAGAGAAAGACAAGGAAUGGGAAGUGAACGAGCAACCGAACAAAAGCGGGUGAAACAAAGGGUAGCAAAAAAGACCGUCAAUAAGGUGGAAGGGACUAAGAUAAGUUUUGGGGUCGUCCAUGUACAUUUUGUCUGGGAGAGCGGCUGUCUGGAGUAUGUGACCCCUUGUGGUGAAUCUGGGAUUACUGCCAGUUUGGAAUUACUAGAAAAGUGAGCAGGACGGUAGGAAGGACAGGAGCGAAAAGAAAAAGGUCGAAGGAACCUUGACACAAACACAGAACUUUGAGGCAGUAUGUGGCGUUGCAGUUAGCGCUGUACUUCUGGCGUUGCAUAUAGGAAACGACGAAUGCGAGUAAAUGAGGAUAAGACGUCGUCUGAUGGAGUCCGAAGGCUGCUCUGCAUACAGUUCGUUGUAUGGGAAAAGACGAAAGGGGCACAACAUGCAGGUAAUGUACAGACAUGUAGUGAUCGGCAUCCUGUGACAUAAGCGUACUUGUAAGGGAGGAGAGCUCCUGUUCUUCCUUGGUAACGAAUUUCCAAAUUUUUAGUUGAAUACUCCUCAUCGGCGCAGGAGGAAACACACUGCUUUCUCUAUGUUGUGCGUAGAUCGUUUUUGGUUCUCUUUUUUUUGUUGGCUGCUCUUCCGGUGGAACGCACGUCCUUGCACGACGCUCAACAUAACAGAAGCGCGAAAUGUUUCGCCCAGAGUAGUGAGUUUCGCAUAAAAGUGAAAGAGGGAGUGUAGCAAGAAAUCGUUUCGAAGCCAGAGGAGCCAAAACUGAGAACGAAGUGCAAGCCAGUGAGAGAGGAAGAGCAUAACACGACGCACACAGAUAGGAGGAAGGUCGUGAUAAGGUUGGUACACAAGACAGCGGAGAGUCUGUACUUCGAUGGGAAGCAAUGGCAUGGUACGGAGACAAAGUCAUUCUGUUGCGUGUAUUGAAAACGAAAAGGCGAAAAUAUUGUAGUGCAAGAGAAUGGUAAUAACUCCAGCAAGAAACGAAAAAAAUAGCUGCACCAACAUGGAGGACAAGCAAACGGUGAAUGCUCUCAGUGCUGAAAAUGAAACGGGGGUGCAACAAUUAUACAUCUCACGGGUGUGAACAGUUGCCUUCUUCCAUAUGCGUGUAAUUUGAGGAACAAAUGUGAAUAAUACCUCAUAUCAAGCUUCUCAGACCCUCUGUGUGCCACCGUCCACGUGUCAUUCCAGCCACCGCCGCUCUCGUAGGUGUUUUUAACCGGAAAAGCAAUUACAGGUCAAAGCCAUGCCGCUGCCACUGACGUAGGCAGCUAGGUGAUUGUUAUUUUGGCAGAUCCUUUAAAACAUAUGUUCUCUUGAAAAAUGUAAUUCGAGUGGCGGAGAAUCCAGCAUGUGUGUUGCCUCGACAAGUAAUUUGUAGACGUCAUCGUAGUCUGUUCGCCGUGUCCCGCGCCGACCCCUGUAAGCGAGUUGUGUGCCUAUUGCCAGAAACGCAGGUUCAGGAUUUUUUCAAAAUCGAUUCUGCAGUUCAUACUGCAAUGACACACACGUUCUUCAGUCGGCAACGUGAUGGAAGUUCUAUAGCAUAGCAUCUUUCCGGAACUGAGAAUGGAGUUGUCUUCAUUGACUGGGACCUUUGUUGCACACGAAGCAUCAGACACUACAGGAUGCAAAGCUGCUUCUUCCUUGCAAAUUUAAAAGUGUUGUGUCUUCCUCCUUUAUGACGUCUUCCUAUUCCGUGGUUACGUUCUGUAACCUGUCGUCAUCGACAUCACACUGUGUGUUUCGAAGACAUUUUCCACAAUGCGAGAUUGACGCACGCAAGCAUGCUGGUGCAGUUCGCACCCCGCGGUGUUUUUGUUUCGCGUCCAAUAAAGAACCCAGUUUCGUACGUCAAAUGGAAGAGUAUCUACACAUGCGCAUGUAGGUGUAACGAUCUCACGUCCACAUUUAUACAGGUACAUGCAUACACUCACGCAUACGUACGCUGUCGGUAAAAGGUAGAAAGUCCGAGACGCCGCGCAUUUUGGCACGCCCCUUUGCUAUUCUCGGGUUUAUACACCAUCAAGGCUCGUACAGUGCGCCAAAAUACCGCCGGAAGACAGGGUAACGAACGAGAGCGCAAAACGAUGUCUUUCUCUCAUGUUUCUUCCCGGCCAGCAAACGCUAAUUACGUACAACAGGGACGCUGCAGGCUCGGAUACGCAAGAAAUAAUCGCAAAAUUCUGUACGGUUCUGGGCACGAAACUGGGACCACAGCUGCAAAUGAAAGGGGCUGUCGCUGCCGGGAAACAAGUUCCUCACAUCAGACUGCCUGCUGGCCUGCCUGGGCGCAUGGACAAGACGCGGCUCUCUCGGUUCAGUUCCACGGAAAUAAUGAGCGCCUCGCAGGCAAGGAGCAAUACUGGACAUUAAUACUCGCUGCCACUUUUACCAAAUGUGGUAUCAACAGCCGCCCCCUACGGAAAUGCAGCGAAUACCUGCCUGAUAUGUUGCCAAACGCGUCUCGCUUCAACGGACAAGCGACUUCCGGGCAUGCCAAUGCAAAAGUGCAUCCGCGUUUCGUAGAAAGAGACUACUUCGACUGUGCUCCUUUGGCACUUUCAGGACACUGACCCUUUCU